GGCAGGCUGGAGAUUCCUCCAUUCACGGCCCAGCUGAGUUUCCCCGAGGCCGGGGGAGGGGAGGGGAGGGGAGGCACGCCGGGAGGACCACGUGGGGCCGCUGCCGCCGCCGCUACCGGGGAAACCCCACUGGCCGAGGGGUUGAGGGCUGGCGAUGCAGCAUGGCCGCGGCGGCGCUGGCGGGGUCGGCUUCCAGUAGCGGCGGCGGCGGCCUGGAAGGCUCGGGGGGCGCAAGCGGCGGCGGCAGCAGCCGGCACGAGAAGAGCCUGGGGCUCCUCACUACCAAGUUCGUGACGCUGCUGCAGGAGGCCAAGGACGGCGUGCUCGACCUGAAGGCGGCUGCUGAUACACUUGCUGUAAGACAAAAAAGGCGAAUUUAUGAUAUCACCAAUGUUUUGGAAGGGAUAGAUCUUAUUGAAAAAAAGUCAAAAAACAGCAUCCAGUGGAAAGGUGUAGGUGCUGGUUGUAAUACAAAGGAGGUUGUAGAUAGAUUGCGAUACCUUGAAGCAGAAAUUGAAGAUCUAGAACUAAAAGAAAAAGAACUGGAUCAGCAGAAAUUAUGGUUGCAGCAAAGCAUAAAAAAUGUUAAAGAAGAUUCCAUAAAUAAGCAUUUUUCAUACAUCACUCAUGAAGACAUUUGUGACUGUUUUAAUGGGGAUACACUGCUAGCAAUUCAGGCACCUUCUGGUACACAAUUAGAAGUUCCUCUACCUCACUUGGGACAAAAGAAAUACCAGAUCAAUUUGAAGAGUAAUUCAGGGCCUAUCCAUGUGCUGCUCAUUAAUAAAGAGUCCAGUAGCUCUAUGCCAGUGGUUUUUCCAGUACCACCUCCAGAUGACCUCCUGCAACUUCCAGCUCAGUCUGCAGCUCCAUUGACUUCUCCUAAAUCAAGUGCAGAGCCUCAGAAGUUACAAGAGUCUAGUGACCCUAAUAAGGGACAUUCACUUUCGCAGACACCUGUCCCAGAUAUGUCAACAAACAUUAGUUUACAGGAAAGUCCAACUCCAGGAAGGCUUUAUGCCAGCGUUCCAGAUGCUGAGCUGUAUGAUAGUCUUGUAGCAGAAACCACACCUAGUACAAAUACCUGCCAGCCCUUCCUUCCACUGGAUGUUAAUAGUAUUCUCAAGCCAAACACAUUUGACAUAGCAAAGAUGGAUGAGCCUGGAGGCAUAAUUAACAGUGAUAUUAUUGAUGAACUGAUGUCUUCUGAUGUUUUUCCCCUCUUACGGCUAUCUCCUACUCCUGGAGAUGACUACAACUUCAACCUGGACGAUAAUGAAGGAGUCUGUGAUCUUUUUGAUGUGCAGAUACUGAACUACUAGAUUCGAUGCAGCCAGAUUGCCUCAUCUACCUCUAACUAUAUAAUAUUGUAGACUUAAUUUCAUAAUGCAAGUAUUUAAAAUAAUGAAUGUAAAACUUUUGUAAUUCACCAGUUCAGGUGUACAUUUUCAUCUUAGUUUGUUAUUGCUAGCAGCUUCUAAACUCAGUUAAGCAGAAGUGCCCUUUUAAUCUAAUGCAAGGGGUGUACUCUAAGGACCCACCUCUUUCCACUUGUACUUUGGAAGUAAACUUUUAAAAUUAUCCCACCUUCACUUCCAGUAAAACUAUUCAAAUGGUCUAUUCAUUUUAUUCAAAUCUGGCCCCUAUGGGAACCUUCUGUACUCGUUCUAAUAUUUUGGCCUUAUGUCUAAAACUUCUACUGCCAAUUGUAAAUGAAGAGCAUUGACUAGGUUAUGUUCUAUUUUUUUCAGUGAACACAGAAUAUAUUUUUGUGGAGUGCCUUCUUUAUUAGCACUUUAAGUUCCUUUUUUUACUUCCAACAUUCCAUGUUCCUAGAUGUAGGAAAGCACUAUUUGUAGUUUGUAUUACCGGGUCAAUGCUUGUACAUUAACAAGAUUUUUAAAAAAUAAAUCUUUACAAGGA